AUGUCUUUGGUUUCAAAUGCUCAAUCUUAUGGUCAAAAUGAAACACUUAUUUCGUCCAUUCCCGACGAUGCCGGAGCCACACGUUUUCGUAUAAUCAUUGAUAGUCGAUCACAUCCCACCAACUCUUUACUUAGUAGUGGAAUGAAGGCUUGGCAAGGGCCUGCUAUUUUGAUUUUCAAUAAUUCAAAAUUCGAAAAAUCCGAUUUCGAAAAUCUCAUGAAAAUACGUGAAAAAUUUUUACCAAUGAAAAAUGAACGUGGCAUGAUUUGCACUUUACCCAAAGAAGGCAUUCGUGGAUUUCAUGAAAGAGAUCAGCUAGCUCCUUUUAUAGGAAUUGAGGGCAUCAAUGUUCGAUCAACUUUUUUUAAUGGAGUACUCUUCCGAAUACCACUUAGGCAACAAAAAAGUGAAAUAUCCGAUAAAGUUUUUACUAUUGACGAGGUCCUUAGAUUGUUUAGAAACAUCAAAUCAAAUUUCGCUUCCUAUUUUUUAUUCCUUCGAAACAUUGAGGAAAUUGAAGUGUCACAUAUACCAAAAACUACAUCAUCACCUCAUGCAACUUCUCUCUGGAAAGCAACUGUAAAUGGAUUGGAUGAAAAUGUCCGGAAUAAAAGAAAACGUGCUGUCAAUGGUGAAAUUCAAAUUUUUCAGAUGAAAAUUAAACUAAUCGAUGAUUCAAAAGACAAGCAAAACGACAAAUGGAUUAUCGCAAUUGGUGCUCAAGAAGAUCCUGAAGAUCCUGAUCUGAAGGCUUACGCAAAUCAGCAUCGAUUACGCGUACUAGGAGGUGUUGCUACUUUACUUGAAAGCGAUCAGGAAAAAGAAAAAAAUCAGAAUUACUUUAUUAGAAGAAUAACGUCAUUUAAAAGCCUAAAGAAUGAUUUGGGAAAUCAGUAUUAUUUUGAAGAAGGAACGUUAUUGAGAAGCAUAGAAAAGGGCCGGGAAGAAGACAAGGAUCAGAAUGACUUUGAAGGAAGAAUGUUUUCUUUUCUUCCGUUGCCUGAUACUACAUGUUUGCCUGUUCACCUUAAUGGAACCUGGGCUCAAAGUUCAGAUCGUGCAAGACUAUUGCUCGAAAAAGACAAUGAUCUACCAGAUUUGGAUCAUCAGAAACUUGAAUGGAAUAGGCAUAUUUUGCUUGAAUUCCUUCCAGAAGUUUAUUGCAGGCUCUUGGAAGAAAUUCUUAUAUUGCAGAAUAGUAACCAAAUUGAUCUUAAAAACAGAUGCAUAUCAAAAUUUUGGCCAUUUCCAUCCGUUACACAAAACUAUCCAAAAUAUAUAAUUAGUUAUGGUUGCAAAGUACUCCAACGUAUAUUACAACACGAUAACAUUUCCCGAUUAAUCACUCCUGUCUACUAUUAUUCGCAUAACGAUAAAGUCACUUUUACUAAUGAAAAUGUUCAGGUGGACAAUCUUUUCAGGUGCUUGUCAUAUAGUCGUAUUGAGGCUUUCCGUCAUUUACUGCGAAAUAAUUGGAAAGAAUUAAAAGUAUUAGGUUAUUAUUUUGAAAAAAAACUUUUUUUUGUAAUUAAAUUAGAGAUUUCAAGUAAUAUAUUUAUUUAUUUACUUAUUGUAGGAAUAAAGUGGGAUCAUGAACUUAAAUCAAUGAUCCGCUCGCUGCCAAUUUGGCCAACGCGGAGGAACCCCGCAUCACCAAACCUCAAGCAGAGUUUGGUACCGGUUUCAAUUGGGUACCUUUUUCCAACGAACUUUAACAUGUAUAGAACAAAGAGCGACAAAAUUUUUUUACAGUUCUCUGAUAAUCUAGAUUGUAAAAUUUUACGUAAUCUUGAUGUUCCUGUACGAGGCAUUCAAUCAUACACAUUUGAAGACGUUGAAUUUCCUGAAGAAUCUGAUGACUCCUAUGUGGAUUUUUUGGAUAGUGUGCUCUCAUACGGAUGUGAGAAUCUUGUCGAAAAUUUAAAGGAUCGUGAUUGUUUCCCCUGUGCAUUUACAAGUGACUUGAAACGUAUUUCUGACCUAUAUGAUUAUAGUAAUGUUGUUUUUCGAUGUGUGUUUGGAGGAGACUCAAAUAAUUUUCUUGAUUUACGUCUCUCAAAAUAUGCAAAAAAGUUGGCAAAUAUUGGAUUCAAUAAAGAAAUUGAUCAGGAUUCAUUCACAAAAUGUGCCGAAAAAGUUGAAGAGCUACUGGGAAUGGAUGACCCGCCAUCUGAUAUACGAUAUCGUGGCUUCAUUUUGGUUGAUCAUCUUUAUAAAAACAUCGAUGAAUUUGAAUUUAAAGGAAUUGAUAGGAUUCCAUUUGUUCCUAUUGUUAAAUGUUUAGAUAAACAUUACAAUAAGCACUAUAAUCACACUCGAGUAUUGGAUUGUCUCAAUAAUGUAAUUCAUCCUGAAUAUAAAGAAGUUGCAUGGAGCCAAAAGCCUUUAAUCGCAGAAGAUGUCAUACCACCUGAUAAUGUACUUCGAAAAUAUCCAUCAUUUGGUAAACCAGAUGUUCUUACUGUAAUCAAACAUCUCCGUCUUUUGCAUACAAAGCUUAUAAAAGAUGAGGAAUGGAGAAAUUGGAAAGAAACAUUCUUGUUUAAUGUUUUCAAAGUCUACAAAUGGCUUGACAAAAAAUGUUCAAAUGAAAGUCUCAGACUAAGGCAAUACAUUAAUUCAAAUGAACUAUUAUUCCUUAAUUGUAAUGACGAUCAAGAUCCAUUUGACACUAAAAACUGGGCUCCUGUAGCAAAUUUAAUUUUAAAUACUGAACCAGGUGAAAGAAAUUAUGUAAAUCCUCGUCUUGCUAAAUAUCACAAAAUGCUAAAAAGUGCUGGUGUCCAAGAAAUAAGAUUACCAAGUUUCAAAAUACAGAUUGGAGAAAAUGAUCAGACAAGUAUUAACAGAGCCAUGUUGGGGUUUUUAUUAAAGCAGGAGAAUUGUUUUCAUGAUGUUGUUUUUGUUGUAAAAAAUGAAAAAAUAUGGGCAAGUCGAUAUGUGCUUGCUGCAAGCUCCACAGUUUUCUAUCAGAAAUUUAAUUCAGAAGACUUGAGCACAGUUAAUCCAGCUAGAAUUACUAUCGACAAUGUUAGCCCUAAUUCAGUGCACAUUUGGUUGCGUUACUUAUAUGGUCAGAAUAUCAAUGAUGCAAUUUGGAAUCAUCAAAGUUUAAAUAAAAAACAACCAUCAAAUUUGGAACUGUAUAAAGAUCUACUCAAAUUAGCAAAUGAUUAUAAAAUAGAUCAUUUAAAAAAUCUUAUGGAAUUAAAGCUCUCUCUAUUGGUUAACAGAUCAAGCGUGCGAGAGAUAGAAACAUUAGCAAGAGAAUUAAAUGCAAAUCAACUCGAAGAGUAUUGUCAUUGUUUUAUUAGAGAUAACAUGAAUUUGUAUACUGUAAUUUAG